AUGCAAAAACUAGUGCUAACCAUCAUUGAACGAUCAGAUACAAGGACUCUUGUCAAAUUGGAAGACUACUAUCGAUUUUUACCGUUGCAGAGUUUCGUCUCCACUCUUCCUCUAGUCGAUGUAGUACAGGAAUUGAAAAAUUGUUUGAAUGAAAUGCAUAUUCGCUUCGAGGAGACGAAUGAGGUUGUAUAUAUGGAUCAGGAAAUGCGUCGUUUAUCACUUUCAACCGGCGUCGAAAUCGGCUGCGCUACUUUGCCUCCGGAACAAAAAUCGCAUGUGGAAUUUGCGAUAGUCGCCGGUGAUUCGCCGACGAGUGAGUUACUUUGUGACGAACUAAUCUCAAGGUUGAGAACAUUGGACCCAACUGCAUCGUCCGAAUGA